AUGAAAGGUCAAGAUGUCACAUGUAUACAAAAUCGAUAUGAUGGUAACGAUGAUGAUGACGAUGAUGAUGACGAUGAUGAUGAUGAUGGUGACGAUGAUGAUGAUAGCGAUGAUGAUGAUGGUAAUAGUGAUGAUGAUUUGAUGAUAAUGAUGACGAUCGUGAUGAUGAUGAUGGUGACGAUGAUGAUGAUAGCGAUGAUGAUGAUGAUGGUAAUAGUGAUGAUGAUUUGA